GGCAACGGCGGAGGCUGGCGCGGGAAAUAUACGACUGAAGCUGGACGUCAAACCCAAACUACAGUUUUACUCGGUGUCAGGGAGAAAUGGAGAAGUCCUCUCGCCGCGUAACGAUGUAAAACAAAUGUGUGCAUGUUGUUUUAACGUCUGCGGGAAGGAGAGCGAGCGCUUCGGGGGCCAUUUACGCGUUUGCUAGCUAACGUCUGUGGAUUUAAACCUGCCCGACACACGUCAACAAGUGGAUUUACCUGCCGUCGCUAUCAAUGGCCUCCAAAGGUUGGCAGCAUCCUUAUGUCAACAUAUUCAAACAUGUCCGAGUGGAAGACUGGAAGAGGUCUGCAAAAGAGGGGGAUGUGACCACAUACACGGACAAGACGCUGAAAUGCUCAGUUUUCAGAAUCAGGGGUCCUGUUCCUGCCAACAGUUACAUCCUGGUACCCAAAAACACCAACCAGUCUCUGGGGCUGAAUGGGCGCUACUUCUACCUUCUGUUCAGACCCAUUCCUGGAAAAUACUUUGUAGUCCACCUGGAUGUUGCUGCAGAGGAGGGCCAGGUUGUGCGUAUCACCUUUUCAAAUAUGUUCAAAGAGUUCAAGUCCACAGCGACCUGGCUCCAGUUUCCUUUUCUGUGCGGAGCUGCGAAGGAUUCAGUCUAUGAGAGCACAUCCAAAUCUGCAAGACAUGGUUUCGUGGGUCCAGCGCCCAAUUCAGUGCGCUGGACCUGUCUGAUGCUGGAUCUGCAGCACACUCUCUCCAUCUAUGUCAACCGCUGCUACAGACACGUGAAGAGCAUCAAGCUUUGUGCCAACUUGGCAGUGAAAAACAUGUUUACCAGUGACCUGCUGCUAGAUCCAGGAGUUUCCUUCAGUGAAGCCAAGCUGAUGGGACUGGCCUCCUCUCUGGGAACAGGUCCCAUGCCUCGAGACAUGUCAUUCCCUGUUCCCAAGGGCGGCUCCUGGCAUGACCUCUACGACCAUAUCAAGUUUCCCUCAGAGGGAACAAAGUUGCCCUUUGACUCCAUUCAAAAAGGCAAUCCAAGUAGCUGUGUCCCCAGCCAAAUAAGCCCGAUUAGAGGUGAGGUAUUUCGCUGUGUCACCCUCAGCAAACCAGUUCAGGACCGCGUGUCCCUCGUCCAGCAGAUCACCACCCCAAAAUCACUGCCGAGGGAUCGAGCUCCCGCGGUGACUAACAUACCUGAGCUGGGUGUAGUCUCCUCUCACCAGAAGGAUGACUGGCUUUGCCAUAAUGAUAACCAGCAGCAGCAGGAGUCCGCAUGCUUCAGUCCACACCAGCUCACAUCCAGGUCACCCCGUGAUACUGAUGACAGUGAAGUCCAUGUGUUUGCGCACCCUGAGGACGCCUUCAGCAAAUAUGGGGAGGAAAGUGAAGAAGAGUUUGUUUGCAGUUCUCCUCCACAUCCACUUCAUUUGUCAUCAUCUAAAGAAACCAAACAGCAGAAGCUGCUUCCAGACCCUAUUCUCAAUCUCAAUCGAAUCAUUGGAUUUGGAGGAGGCACUUUUAAAUAUGCUCUGUGGACCAAAUCAGGUGAUGCAGUGGUAUAUCCGUGUCAUGCAAUUAUCGUCUCUAUGAAGAUUUCCUCGAACCAGCAGAGAUUCUUUAUUGGCCACACUGAUAAGGUGUCUGCUCUAGCUUUUAAUGGCAACACAACCCUGCUGGCCUCAGCGCAAACUGGUAAUCAUAGUGUGGUUCGAGUAUGGAACUACCACAAAGGAAACUGUCUGGCAAUAUUCCGGAUUCAUGCUCAUUCAUUAUCCUCUCUUAGCUUCUCACACAGUGGCAGUGUUCUCUGUGGAGUGGGUAAAGACAGCCACAAUAAAACAAUGGUGGUGGUGUGGAACACUCAGAACAUCACUAAAGGUGGAGAGGUGACCAUCUUAGCCAAAGCUCACACCGAUGUGGACAUUAACACCAUGAAGGUCGCCUUCUUUGAUGAAACAAGGAUGGUGUCGUGUGGUCGUGACAAUAUUCGUCUGUGGCGAGUACGGAACGGGACGCUGCGCUCCUGUCCAGUAAACCUGGGGGAAUACAACUCGAUGGACUUCACCGACGUGGCCUUUGAGGAGGGAAACGCCUCCAACCAGCAUCCAGAUGAUCAAACACUAUUUGCCAGCAGUCGCAGUGGCCAUAUCUUUGAGGUGGACUACAGCCGAGUAGUUAUUAGAAAUGUGAGGAGACUGUUGCCUGCACUGCAGCAGCAUGCAGACCGCAGAGAGAAACUGACUUUUAACACAGGUCCCGGCAUCGCCAUCAACAGCAUCAGCGUGUCCUCGGCCUUCUGUGCCACGGGCUCUGAAGACGGCUUCCUGCGUCUGUGGCCCCUUGAUUUUUCUGCUGUCUUCCUGGAGGCUGAGCACGAGGGACCUGUGAGCCUGGUGUCUGUCUCAUCGGACAGUCUUCAGGUCCUGGCAGCCACCUCAACCGGUAUCCUGGGUUUCCUUGAUGUGAGCAGCCACGGGUACAACACACUGAUGAGGUCGCACACAGACACGGUGCUUGGCUUCAGUGUGGACGGCGUCCGUCGGCAUCUCACAACUGCCUCUUCCGACGGCACAGUGCGCAUUUGGAAUAUGGACUCCUUACAGCAGCUGUACGACUUUGUGUCUGAGGACAGCCCCUGUUCAGUGGCCUUCCAUCCCAGUGAGCAGAUCUUCUCUUGUGGCUCCAGCUCGGGCGUCAUCAGGGUCUUUGACAUCUCAAGUGCCAAACUGUUGGCUGAACACAAGCAUCACAGUGGUGAAGUGGUGGGUCUUGCCUUCUCUCCGGACGGGGAGUACAUGUACAGUGCUGACUCUCAGGGCUCUCUUGCACUUUACAACUCCUCUGAGGAAGAUCACAAUGUCAUCAGAGUUGUAUGUAAUGUGGUGGCCCGAGGCACGGAGCGCGCUCCAGACGCUCUUACAGUGCGCAGUGACAGCCGCUGUCUGGCUUUUGUCGGUCCCUCCGAGUACAUUGUCACUAUUGCUGACGCACGGUCUCUGGAUGAGUUGCUCCACGUGGAUGUGAGUAUUUUGGACGUAGAGAGCCCUCGUCUGGAUUCUGCACUGAAGGUCUGCUUCUCCCUGGCCUCCACUGAACAUCUGCUGGUUGCGACAUCUGCUAACAAAAUCCUCUGGGUUAGCACUAAGACAGGCCGUCUGCUCCGAGAGAUGUCUAAGGUUCACAAACAGCAGAUCUCAUCCUUGGCUGUGAGUGAGGACAGUCGAUUCCUGCUGACUGCAGGACACAAUGCUGUUAAAGUGUGGGAUUAUAACAUGCAGCUCACUGUCAACUCACAGUUGUUCAUAGGUCACAGUCAGCCUAUCUGCCAGGUGAGCUUCACCCCGGACCAAAUGGGAGUAGUCUCAGUGGGAGACGCCAUAUUUCUGUGGGACUUCCUGGCGCAUUCUGGUUACUCUUUGACUAACAGCAGUUUACCUCUCAGAGUAAACCACACCUCGGCCCCUAGAUCAGUUCAUCCAGAUGUUGCAGUGAGUGAAGUUCAAUUGUCAAUUGGGAUGCCUCGACAGAAAGCACCCCUCCCUUCCUCACCACCUCCACAUCUGGAGAUCAGCACGACCAACCAAGCUGAUCGGGGUGCUUUUGGCUCCUCGUCUCUUUGUGAAGACACCCCAACCAUCACAACUGUUCCAGGCCCAGCCAGUGGUUCAGGUCCGUCAUCUGGCCCCAGAUCUGCCGCCUCCUUCCUCAAAGUUACAGAGCUGGUCAACACACCUUCCCUGAAUAGUAGCCACAAUGACACUAUUCAGUCAAAAGGGAAGAAGCCAAUACGUCCAGAUUGUUACAGGCACUUUAUCCCACGUUUCAAGCCCUCCACUAUUGAUCAGGCUGCUGUGGCUCCCCAACCAGGAGAGGAGGGCAUCAAGCUGAAAGCAGUGAUUGGCUACAAUGGCAAUGGGCGUGGCAACAUGGUGUGGAGCCCUGACCAAGGUUUAUUUGCGUACUCGUGUGGCUGCGUGGUGGUGGUGGAGCACCUUCAUACAGGAUGUCAGAGACACUUGCAAGGCCACAGUGAGGAGAUCUCUUGUCUUGCGAUCUCAAAUGAUGCACAGAAAAUGGCAUCAGCAGCUGGCGGCAGUAACGGCAGCAGGAGCCUCAUCUGCAUUUGGGAUGUGCAGAAUGGAACAUGUCAUAAAAGCAUCUCCUUCCACAGAGGGGCGGUGCAAAGUCUUGGUUUUUCCAGAGACGAUCGCUUCUUUCUCUCUGUCGGAGACUUCUCUGAGCCAGAGCUGGCUCUGUGGAGCACCAAGACCUUCCAGCUGCUGUCCAGUGUGAGCAUGUCUGGGCCGAUCCAUGAUGCAGCCUUCAGCCGCUCUGCAGCCGGCCAGCUGGCCUGUGUGGGCAGCCAGGGGAUUUACUUCUGCCUCCUCCACACUCCUGGCCUUGAUGUUGACCUCCAGGUCCAGAGGGUGAAAGCACCUGCGGAGGUCGGUGAUGUGGAGCUGACCGCUCUGUGCUAUCACACGGACUCCUUUCUGUUCACUGCCACUAACCGAGGACAUGUUUGCGUCUGGGACGUGAACACACAGGAUUGCUUCAUGACCUGGGAAGCAGAUAAGGGAGAGAUUGGAGUGCUGUUGUGUCGAGGGAACCGUCUGUUGACGGGCAGCAACACCCGCUGGUUCCGACUGUGGGAGGUCGAAGCUAUUCAGAGCCUGGAGCCCCAGGAAAAAGUCUGCCAUGUGGAGGACAGAUGGACCACUGUGGUGUUGGAGAAAGAGGUAAUGCUGGACGGGACCGUAGUCAGUGCAGCAUUUGAUAACACAAUGGACAUGGGCAUUGUUGGAACCACAGCCGGAACUCUCUGGUACAUCAACUGGUCCGAUAACAGCAGCAUCCGGCUGGUCAGCGGGCACAAGACCAAGGUAAAUGAUGUCGUGUUCAGCUCUGACGAGAAUCACUUCGCCACCUGCAGUGAGGACGGCAGCGUGAGGGUGUGGUCGGUGCCCAGCAACGAACUGGUGGUGCAGUUCCAGGUGCUCAACCAGGCCUGUGGCUGUGUGUGCUGGAGUCCCUCUCCCAGUGAGGACAGUGCAUGUGUGGCUGCAGGAUACAGUGACGGGACCCUGAGGAUCUUCCGACUUGCCUCCUCAGAGAUGGAGAUGAAGCUGCAUCCCCAUCACGUUGCCGUCACUGCCAUCCAGUACUCGGCUAGUGGUCACGUGAUCCUUUCAGGGGGGAAGAAUGGUCUCGUAGCUGUCAGCAGCCCAGUGAAUGGAGCGACUAUCCAGGUCAUCAGGGACCACAAAGGAGCUCAGAUUAACACCAUCCAGUGUGUGAAUGAAGAGGUCAGCUCAUGUAAGAAUUUCGGACUGGAAGGAAUCGAGAUGUGGUUGACAGCCAGUGCUGACAGACGCGUCAGUGUGUGGGCUGCCGAUUGGUUGAAGGACAAGUGUGAUCUCCUAGACUGGCUGACGUUUCCUGCUCCGGCCUAUUUGGAGGAUGACAGCCCACCUCCCAGCCUGGCUGCCUUCUGCCCAACAGACCCUGACCUGGUGGUCUACACAGGCUACGGAGUAGAGAAAGAGUUGUCCUUCUACAGCCUGACUAAAAAACAGAUAAUAAAAAAGAUUGCCCUGCCCCACUGGGCCACGUGCUUUGGUCUCUCCUCUAAGUCUCAGCUCAUAGCUGUGGGAUCAAAAGAGCGCGUGUUGAAGUUAAUCAAGUCGAGCAGCGGCAGGUUUCAGGACUUCCUGCAGCACAGUGACUCACUGCAGACGUGUCACUUCUCACCCACUGGGUCGCUUUUUUUCACUGUGGCCUAUAAUGAGAUCCUGCUGUGGGAGGUGCGGGGCCUCUGAGGGCCUCGGAUCUCUUUAAUUUUGUCAAUUUGCCUAGUUCAGUUGGUACAUACUGUAAUUUUAUUGUUCCAUAUAUGUUUUUUUUGUGUGAAGUAGUUGUGGAGAAGCUUUGUGCUGCAGAGGUUCUUAUUUAAUUAAAUUAACUGUUUUCUUUUGUGUGUGUGGUUUUAGAAUACAGUUUUUUUUAAUGAAUGGAUUAUUUUGUUUAUUCAUUCAUUUCUUAUUUUUGACUUUAUUUUAGUUUUUUUUAUGCUGCAGUUUUGUAUAUGUAUGAAAACUGAUGAGAAAUAAAUAGUUACAGUUUU